AUGCCUGCACUUCGAGCAGCCGCAAUCUCACUUGCAGCCUCUGCUGUGUACGCCUACCCAACGAUAGAACCAUCUGGAGCGCAAACCUUAAGUUUACCGAACACUGCAGAAGGUGCCUCGAUCCCACAUAGCAAUUCUUUCGCAUCGUUCUCGUUCGAACCCGCAUUCUGGGUUGAAUUCUUCGGCAAUGCCAGCAAUACGAACAAGCUCACCUUUAGCAUUUUGGAUAGAAUCCACGAACAUGGCGGAAGACCCGUAAUACGGCCUGGCGGUAUCACCAUGGACAGUAUGGUUUUCGACAAAGAAGGCGGCGACGUAGUGCGUACCACCAGCCCAGAAGGCGGUGUAUGGCGAACCACUGUUGGACCAAACUACUACAAAAGUUGGAGCAAUUUCCCUAAUGGCACCAAAUUUAUUUCAACCCUCAAUUUUGGCAAUGAGAGUCUGGAUAUUUCUACUGGCCUUGCAGUCGCCUCACUUACGUAUCAGUCUGAUAAGGUUGCAUAUUUGGAACUAGGAAACGAGCCGACCAAUUAUGAAGAAAGUCGGUGGAAUGACUCGACAGCGGCCUAUGUGCAGGAAUGGAAGCAGUACACAGCUAGCAUUGAUGCUGCGUUGAAUGCAUUGAGCAGUUCGGAUCUCCCUCAAGAGCGCUGGUGGGCAUCUUCCGCAACUACAGAUGACUCAGGCCUAGAAGUUCGACCUGCAGCGCUCAUUCCAGCAGGUAUCGACUCGGAAGAUCAAGUCGGCAUCUACUCAAUACAUUCGUAUGCCUUCUCAACCUGCGAUCCCAAACGCGCAGCGCUGGCUACCAUCGAAAACAUCCUCAAUCACACCGAACUCACACGCUACUGCGACGAAGAAAUCUACCCAUCUGCUCGCGCUGCUCUAGAUGCAGGGAAUAGAUGGAACAUUGGCGAAUUCAACUCUGUGUCUUGCUCUGGAGCACCAAAUGUUACCGACACAUUUGCACAAGCACUUUGGGUCGUGGAUAGUGAACUCAUCUACGCUACACGAAAUGCCACUUCUACGCAUCUGCACCAAGGGGCUACACUCGCUCUCCAAUCAAACGAACAACUCAAUACACCUGGGGCAAAUGGUAGCCCAGGCUUCAGUACUUACUCCAUGCUAUACCCCCGCGACAGCGACUUGAGAGGUCCGGCACGUACUUUGCCGUCUUUCGUUGCGCAGCUCUUCAUGGCUGAGGCUUUCGCUGUGCCUGACACUCGUGUGCGCGCUCUCGAGCCUCCAGCUGGUGUUGAUUCAGAGUCUUUCUCUGCGUAUGCUUUCUAUGUGGAAGAUCACCUGGCCAAGCUUGCUCUUGUCAACAUGAAACCUUACUAUGCCAAUUCAACUGAGGACUUUUCAGUUCGCGUUGAUUUGUCAGAAGCUGUCAGUUCCAGUGGCGGAUGUUUGGGUGUAAAACGGUUGACGGCGCCUUUUGUAAACACUGGUAACAGUUCGUUGGUGUCGUGGGCUGGACAAUCGUUCCCUCAGGGUGAGGCGAUAGGCAAGGCAGUAGUCGAAGCAGUCGGAGAGGAUAAUGUGGUGGACGUCAGAGGAAGCGAAGCAGUACUCGUGUUCUUCAAUAAGAACGACGCGUACGGUUUGUAA